AAGGUCACACAGAUGGAAUGAACAGUUCCUGAUUUGUACAGGCGAAACAGGGAAUAUGACAGGACGCCUCCAGCGAUUUUUCGUCCGUUUUGUUUUUUCUUUUUGUGUGUGAAAAUGAGUGCGUACGCAAUGACGACAAAGCGAUGCACGACUUUGGAAAUCAGUGAUUUCUACUCCUGGUGAACACAUUGCGUGACGUCGGGUUCAAUAGGAGUGGAUGAGUGAAAUGUAGUGCGUGCAAAAGUCUGGAUUGCUAUCUUCUGGGUAGCCUACUUAGUGAAAUUGUUCUUGAAACGGAUAAAACAAGUGAAUAAAUAAAUGCAUCGACAAGCUGUGAGGUCAAAUACGCUAUCUUUAGCAAGAUUUUGAAGAAAAAAAGGACCCGUAAAGGAUUGAAGUAAUCUGUUGGUUGUUUCUAAGGGAAUGCGAAAAACAGCUGAAAGUUUGCCACGAGCUGGAUGAUACGUGUCCCGAUCCUGAAACCAUAUCUAGUCAUUCGUACAACGAUACAAUUAAGCAUUGUAAAUCGAAGUUUGGAUAAAUUGCAUGACAUAAAAACGCCAAAUGAAUUGAUCCAGUGUGAUACGCUAAAAACAACGUGACCAUGACAUUUAGUUAAGCUGAUAAGCCAAUACGCCGUAGAACACAAAAGUAUAUAGAAAAAGAUUCAUGUUUAAUAACUAAAUCGGAAAGUUCUGAGAGCACUGAAGACUUAAUCUUAUUUAACCCAUUACCUAAAGCCUACGUUUAUCUUGAAUCUCUCACAAAUGCUGCUUGCCAUUCUGGAUUGCACCGAAACGACAAACACGCUACACUCAACGGAAAAAAUUGUUUCCCUCAAUUGUUCCCCAAAACCAAACCAAUAGAGAAAGGAGAACAGGUCGAAUACAAGGCUUAAAGUGCCCAUUCUGAACUUCGGCAUCGAAUUGACUCUUUCUUCGUGGCCACCAGAAAGAGCGGAAGAAUCUUCAUCGAGCACCGGACAUUGGAAGCUAAACUAUACCAACCCUAGUGCGGUGGUGGUAGUUGGGUACUUUCCAGUACUCAACUGUCCUACCACUGCUGACCACUGGCCGAAGAGUGACGAAAAGCGAAAAGUGGGACGAUCAGUAGAAAAGUAAAUAAACCAGUGGAACCCUUUUCAAACUAAGCGAACAUCCUGAACGGCCCCAAAAUUACGGACAACACCAUGGAGGACCUGCUGCAGGCAGGCCACGUAGUCAAGGAGCGGUGGAAGGUGCUGAAAAAGAUUGGCGGCGGAGGUUUCGGAGAAAUCUACGAAGGACAGGAUCUGAUCACUCGGGAACAGGUGGCCCUGAAGGUGGAAUCCGCCCGGCAACCGAAGCAGGUACUAAAGAUGGAAGUGGCUGUCCUCAAAAAGCUGCAGGGAAAGGAGCACAUCUGCCGCUUCAUCGGAUGCGGACGAAACGAUCGGUUCAACUACGUGGUCAUGCAGCUGCAGGGGCGCAAUCUGGCCGAACUCCGGCGAUCUCAGGCCCGCGGGGCGUUUUCGCUCAGCACCACCCUCCGGAUCGGUUUGCAGAUACUGCGCUCGAUCGAGUCGAUCCACUCGGUCGGGUUUCUUCAUCGUGAUAUUAAACCAAGCAACUUUGCCAUUGGGAGGUUACCGUGCAAUAAUCGUAAGAUUUACAUGUUGGAUUUCGGUUUAGCUAGACAGUAUACUACCGGCACCGGAGAGGUGCGGUGUCCCCGUGCCGCGGCCGGUUUCCGUGGCACCGUGAGGUAUGCUUCGCUGAACGCGCACAAAAAUCGGGAAAUGGGCCGCCAGGACGAUCUGUGGUCUUUGUUCUAUAUGCUUGUUGAGUUUGUUACUGGCCAGCUUCCGUGGCGUAAAAUUAAGGAUAAGGAGCAAGUACGUUACUGUUUUAAACUAUAUGUUGGUUUGUUAAAAGAGAAAUACGAUCAUCGUUUGCUACUCAAGCACUUGCCUUCGGACUUCAAGUACUUCUUAGAUCACAUUCAAUCUCUAAAUUACGCCGAUAAACCAGACUAUGCUAUGUUAGUAACCCUUUUCGAGCGUUGCAUGAAACGACGGGGAGUCAAGGAAACCGAUCCAUUCGACUGGGAAAAGGUUGAGGAGAACAAUGCCGACCAUGGGGAAGCAAAGAUCCUAAACGCAGCCGUACCAAAGAGUGAACUAGUUAAGAAACAUAAAGAUAUCGAAUUAGCAGAGUUUUUGCCCAAACAGAAACGUAAAAUGAUUCCAGACUCGGUCAAGGUGCUACACACCGAACCGAUUGAGUCCAUCAAACCGCAGAACAACGGGCUUACCAUCGCCAAUGGGAACAACGUGGGUCCGAACACACCCAACAGUGGCCAACAACUGAACAGUAACGUCCAGCAGCAGAACGAGAAGUACGGAACCGCUGCAGCCACCGGCGGAGAUCCACUUGAUCCGAGGCUUCGGCAAGCGUUCAAAGAUGCACUUAUGUCUAGUCAAGAGGGUAUCAAAGUCAAGCCGGAAAUCCCGCUGGUCCGGGCCCACACUGAUGUGAACAAUAAAACGACAUCCAAGCAUGGAGGCAGCAGGUUACGCAUUCUGACCGCACCGCCGGUGAACAUCAAAGAUUUUGCCUCGUCGAUCGACAGCUUGCAGCAUUCGCAAGCCAACGAGACCAAUCUUUCGGAUGCUAAAUCGAAGCUGAAAACGGAAGCGGAUGAACUGUACAGUGCCGUGGGGGAUGGUGCGGGUGACACAGCGCUCACUAGUGGUGGCAACCAACAACAGAAUUCCAUAAAUCAAAGGCAAUCGCUCCAUCUGGGUGGCAAGAGUUUACGCUCGUUUGCCACCCAAUCGGCCAAGUAUCGCAGUUUAGCGGAGGACAAAAGCUGUCGGGACUAUUCCAUAACGCAGCACGCAAUCAUCGACGAUGAUAAUGCCAGCCAGCAUCAGACGCCCAAGUACCAGGGGGCGCUCACGUUGGCUUCGCAGUGGAAGAGCCAGUUUGACGACUCGGACGAUUCAACCGAUGGGCUGUGGAAAGGCGAACAACAUUCCGAAAAUGCAUCUAAGAAACAACAUAAACAGCAGGCAGCAACCAACAAUGGCAGCAGCAUCCACAAUAACAACAACAACAAUAACACCACAUCAAUGAGUGCUAUUGUGAACAAUGCAGCUAACAACAUUACUGCUACAACUGCUAUUUUGAAUGCCACUAUUAUUACCACUCCUAUUACUACUCCUAUUGCUAACAAUAUCAACAACAUCACUACUACUACUAUUGCAGCGGCCGCGGAAGUGGAAGUUGACGGAGCAACGGCAAUGGCAACAGCAGUCGCAACAGAAGCAGCAGCAGCAACCGAAGAAGAAAUUGCAAAUAAUCUCAACUCUUAACUUAUUGAUAAAACAAAAACAAACAAAUGACGAUGACAAGAUGUAAGUUAUGGUUUAAAUCAGAAAAGAAAAUACAAACAUUACAAAACAAAUUAAAGCGUAUAAAGCAGUAUAGAAAAUAUCAGUUUAUUGCUUUAUUCAAAAUACAAAAA